ACAAACAUAUUGCUCAGCUUCCGGUUUGGCGGUCGCCAUCUUUCUUCAGCGCCUAGUGAAGGAGGACAACAAUUUCAACGGCUUUGGGAGUGGAAGGCGACAGCCCCAAGUCUAGCUGGUCAAGCCAGCAGGGAGCAGUAGGGAGACGGCGGCAGCGUGUGACUGACCUUGGCUCGUUGAGGUGUCCACCACAGCGGAAGAAUCAGAAAACGGCAUCUGAUGUCUAGCUCACUCUCAUCUAAGAAACGCCGUGUUUCUGGGCCUGAUUCAACACUAGAGUCUCACUGUUUCCCUACCUACCCUGUGACGUUGGAAGUGCCCUCAGAACCAACCAACGGAAUGCAGAAAAGUAUUGAAACAGACAUAGAUGAAGGUCUUUACUCCCGCCAGCUGUAUGUGCUGGGUCAUGAAGCAAUGAAGCGUCUUCAGACAUCCAGUGUGCUAGUGUCAGGCCUGCAGGGCCUGGGUGUUGAGAUCGCCAAGAACAUCAUCCUUGGUGGGGUGAAAGCUGUUACCCUGCAUGACCAGGGCACUGCCCAGUGGGCUGAUCUCUCUUCUCAGUACUACCUACGGGAAGAAGAUAUUGGUAAAAACCGAGCUGAAGUAUCCCAACCCCGCCUUGCUGAACUCAACAGCUACGUGCCUGUCAGCACCUAUACAGGACCGCUGUUUGUUGAGGACUUCCUUAGAGAUUUCCAGGUAGUGGUCCUUACUAACACUCCCUUGGAGGAUCAGCUGCAGGUGGGUGAGUUCUGCCACAACCAUGGCAUCAAGCUUGUGGUAGCAGACACACGUGGCCUGUUUGGGCAGCUGUUCUGUGACUUUGGAAAGGAAAUGAUUGUUAGGGAUUCUAAUGGGGAGCAGCCACUCAGUGCUAUGGUUUCUAUGGUCACGAAGGACAACCCUGGGAUUGUUACAUGCCUGGAUGAGACCCGACAUGGAUUUGAGAGUGGAGACUUUGUCUCCUUCACGGAAGUUCAGGGCAUGAGUGAACUGAAUGGCAUUCAUCCUGUUGAGAUCAAAGUUCUGGGGCCUUACACCUGCAGCAUAUGUGAUACCUCCAGCUUCUCUGAGUAUAUUCGUGGAGGCAUUGUCAGUCAGGUCAAAGUACCUAAGAAGAUUAGUUUUAAAUCCUUAGUAGCGUCAUUGGCAGAGCCAGAUUUUGUGAUAAUGGACUUUGCCAAGUAUUCUCACCCUGCUCAGCUGCACAUUGGCUUCCAGGCCCUGCAUCGGUUUUGUUCUCAAUACAAUCGAUCUCCUCGACCACAUAAUGAGGAAGAUGCAGCAGAACUGGUGAUCUUAGCACAGACUGUGAAUUCUGAAGCCUUGCCCCCAGGACAGCAGGGCAUCCUGGAUGAAGACCUCAUUCGCAAGUUGGCAUAUGUAGCUGCUGGGAAUCUGGCACCUAUAAAUGCCUUCAUUGGGGGCCUGGCCGCCCAGGAGGUCAUGAAGGCCUGCUCUGGCAAGUUUAUGCCUAUCAUGCAGUGGUUGUACUUUGAUGCUUUAGAAUGCCUUCCUGAAAACAAAGAAGCCUUCAUGGAAGACAAAUGUCUCCCGGUAUGUGGGUCCUCUGUGACGACUUCAUUGUGAGCAUCUCUAAAGCCACUCUUCCUUAACCUUC